CCAAGGACCUGAAGCCCGGGUAGUCCCAUUAGGGCCUGGGUGACCGAAGCGACGACUCAGGUCAAGGGGUCCGGUGAGCGGAGCCUGCCCUGCUCCGGCCCCUGCGCCUUGCUGGCUGGCUGGCUGGGGACUGGCAGGAACGGGAGCAGCACUGCCGCCUCUGGCGCGAAGGCUCAGGCGCCUCCUCCUGCUCCAGUCACUGUGGCUCGGCGCACGCUGCCGGUGGCUGCCCUUUCCGCCUCGGGGAAAGAAAACCCGCGGUUCGCUGUCGCACUAGAACCAUGGCCUCCGGCCGAAGAGGCUGGGACAGCUCCCACGAAGAUGAUCUGCCCGUGUACCUGGCCAGGCCGGGCACCACAGACCAGGUCCCGCGGCAGAAGUACGGCGGCAUGUUCUGCAACGUGGAGGGAGCCUUCGAGAGCAAGACGCUGGAUUUCGAUGCCCUUAGCGUGGGGCAGCGGGGUGCAAAGACUCCCCGAAGCAGCCAGGGCAGCAGCCGCGGAGCGGGGAGCCGACCCGGGCCCGAAGGGGACUCCCCGCGCAGGGGACAAGGCCGGGAGGAGAGCCGGGAGCCCACACCCGCAUCGCCUGCGCCCACCGGGGUGGAGAUCCGGAGUGCCACAGGCAAGGAGGUUUUGCAGAACCUCGGCCCCAAGGACAAGAGCGACCGUCUUCUCAUCAAGGGAGGCAGGAUCGUCAACGAUGAUCAGUCCUUUUAUGCCGAUAUCUACAUGGAAGAUGGCUUAAUCAAGCAAAUUGGAGACAAUCUGAUUGUCCCUGGAGGUGUGAAGACCAUCGAGGCCAAUGGGAAGAUGGUGAUCCCUGGAGGCAUCGAUGUCCACACUCACUUCCAGAUGCCCUACAAGGGGAUGACCACCGUGGAUGACUUCUUCCAAGGGACAAAGGCUGCCUUGGCCGGAGGCACCACCAUGAUCAUUGAUCAUGUGGUGCCCGAGCCCGAGUCCAGCCUGACAGAGGCCUAUGAGAAGUGGCGAGAAUGGGCGGACGGGAAGAGCUGCUGCGACUAUGCCUUGCACGUGGACAUCACUCACUGGAGUGACAGCGUCAAACAGGAGGUGCAGAACCUCAUCAAGGACAAAGGGGUCAACUCCUUCAUGGUUUACAUGGCCUAUAAGGAUUUGUAUCAAGUGUCCAACACAGAGCUCUACGAGAUCUUCACCUGCCUGGGAGAGCUGGGAGCCAUCGCUCAAGUUCACGCCGAGAACGGGGACAUCAUCGCACAGGAGCAAUCCCGGAUGUUGGAAAUGGGGAUCACUGGCCCAGAAGGCCAUGUGCUGAGCAGACCAGAGGAGCUGGAAGCAGAGGCUGUGUUCCGUGCCAUCACCAUCGCCAGCCAAACCAACUGCCCUCUCUACAUCACGAAGGUCAUGAGCAAGAGUGCGGCUGACCUCAUCUCACAAGCCAGGAAAAAAGGAAACGUGGUCUUCGGUGAGCCCAUCACUGCCAGCCUCGGCACAGAUGGAACCCAUUACUGGAGCAAGAAUUGGGCCAAGGCGGCUGCCUUUGUGACAUCCCCACCUCUGAGUCCCGACCCGACCACUCCGGACUACAUCAACUCCUUGCUGGCCAGCGGGGACCUGCAGCUCUCGGGCAGUGCCCACUGCACCUUCAGCACCGCCCAGAAAGCGAUCGGGAAGGAUAACUUCACAGCCAUUCCUGAGGGUACCAAUGGGGUGGAGGAGCGGAUGUCUGUCAUCUGGGACAAGGCCGUGGCCACAGGGAAGAUGGAUGAAAACCAGUUUGUGGCCGUGACAAGCACAAACGCCGCGAAGAUCUUCAACUUGUACCCCCGCAAGGGGAGAAUAUCCGUGGGCUCCGACAGCGACCUGGUGAUCUGGGAUCCGGACGCCGUGAAGAUUGUCUCCGCCAAGAACCACCAGUCGGCUGCAGAGUACAACAUCUUCGAAGGGAUGGAGCUGCGCGGGGCGCCUCUGGUGGUCAUCUGCCAGGGCAAGAUCAUGCUGGAAGACGGCAACCUGCACGUGACCCAGGGGGCCGGCCGCUUCAUCCCCUGCGGCCCCUACUCGGACUACGUGUACAAGCGCAUCAAAGCCCGGAGGAAGAUGGCGGACCUGCACGCGGUCCCGAGAGGCAUGUACGACGGGCCGGUGUUUGACCUGACUACCACGCCCAAGGGGGGCACCCCCGCCGGCUCCACCCGGGGCUCUCCCACUCGGCCAAACCCGCCCGUGAGGAACCUCCAUCAGUCGGGAUUCAGCCUGUCGGGCACCCAAGUGGAUGAAGGGGUCCGCUCGGCCAGCAAACGCAUUGUGGCGCCCCCUGGAGGCCGCUCUAACAUCACAUCCCUGAGUUAAGCAACUCCUCCCCAAAGAGAGGGGGCAGAAGCAAGAAGAGAUUUUUUGGAAGCCAAAAUGGUACACCGAUAUUUAAGAAGGAAAGCGAAUCCAAACAGUUACGAUCUAAAGAAUCAAUAAGCCUCAAGCCUUAUGUUUCUCCAAUGUUACGCUCGCUUGCCUAGCUUUACGAAGAUUGCUUUGUUUUCUGUUUAUGCCUAGCCCCCCCCCCCCGUUUCCAUGCAUGCAAUCAGACAGGCCACUAAGGUAAAGAGUCUGCUAUAUAGUGUUGAGAGCGUGUGUAGUGCUGCAUCUUAAGACAAGGGGACACACAAAGCUGGAUGUCAAGGGAAAUGAGCAGAAGGGACACAGUUAUUUGGGGUGAGUGGGUGGUGGGAGCCCAGAGCAAGGCAGGGGGCUCAGAGGUUCGGGGUAGGUUGUGUAUGGGGGCGGGGGUGGGUGGGUGAGCAUCAGGGGUCUUGUGUAUUGUGUUAAUGAAGUACAUUUAUUUCCAUGGACAGUGGCCCCGGGGGGGCAGCCAUCACUUCAUCACGGUCCCCUGGGGUCUGCGCGGAAGGCAGGCAGGAGGUCUUCGGGUUCCAGACUUUGUCAUGUCCUCUCUUAGCAGAUUUUAUUUCUUUGAGCAUUUUAUUAAAACACCAAAACCCACACGUUGCUUCCACUUGGUCAUGCCCGUAUUUGGUGGGCCUUUUCCUCGGCAUUGCCGUCAAAGUCUUCUCUUUUCCCGGUUCGAAAGGAGGAGCAGAGAGAGCAAAGACACUUCUCUCGCCUUGCCCUGGGUGCUGUUUACAGGCAACAGCUGGGAGCACAGCACGGGCCCUGGGGGUGGGGCAGCCAGGCACCCCCCUCCACACACAGCUGGAGCUCACCUCACUCUCCUGUCUCUGCAAAGAACCGGAGAAGGGCCACGGGCCUCUGGCAUCGGGCUUGUCCUGCCAGUGCUGAGUGUUUGAUUCUCUUGAUCUCCUGAGGUCCAGGCACAGUCAUGACUGAAUACGCUUUUUGUUGUUGUUGUUGUUGAAAAUUGAUUUUCUUAGGCAUUCCUUAACUUUUACUACCAAUAGGGCAUCUCAGCUUCCAUGGGAGUCGAGCAGGGUUUGGGGAAGGCCAGCCUGAAGCAGAGAGAUUACGUUCUGUGGCCACGAUCCUAGUUUUCAGUCCUAAGCCAUCUGCACCCUUUCCAUCAGCACGUCCUUAGGGGGAGCUUUUGUUCUGGCACCGACAUGUCCCAAGGUGGGCAGCAGUGGCGUGCAGCCUCCCUGACAGGCACGUAAAAUGAGGUUGGUGAGGACCGUUGGUGCCCACCUACCUUGUCUGUCAGAGCUGAAUGUCCGUUCCCUGCCCUACCCCUCUAAAACUCAAUUUUGGAACAAGUCCCAUGGGCCAAACAAGGAUCUGUAGAACUAAAAGGCCUAUAUGCAGAGGUGUGGGGGGGAGUAUUUAACCUGGGACCAGACCUCUGCACUGGGGGGUCUAGCUGAUGGGACUUGUAAUGCUCUGUGCCAAGUACUUUGAAGGGAAGGCCUCCAACACCUUCCAGGUGCUAAGGAGAAACCAUUGCCUCUGACUGCAGGCUUUAAGUUGAAGGCCAGAGGAAAGAGAAUAUGGGGCUGGAUGGGCGUUUGGGAGUAACCAAGGAAGAGGAUUUUCCCUAGCACAGCUAACUUCUGUUCCAAUCACAAACAAAGAUGAUUUCCUGUCCAAAGAAGGAAUCUUGCUACUCUUAAGGCUUUUUCACGGUGCCUUUAUUUUAAAGGAAACUGACGUGAAGCUGGGGAUGUAUCUCUUGGCUUAUAACUCAACGAUGUGGGAGUCUGUUCCAAAUGCGAAGUGACAGUUUUGCAGGCAGGGAGCUUGUCCUAGCAGAAGCAUAUUCCAUAUACCUCAUUGGCUGGGCUGGGAUUUAGGAUAUGUUGCAGUACCAGCCACAACCACCAGGUGGAGGAAAAGACACGUAGAUAAUUCCGGUACUUUCUGCUGCUGGUACCAGCUCCUGAGUCCAGCCCAUCUCUCAUGACCUCAUGGCCAAAUUGGUUACACUUGGAACUUCUGAAUGCAACAUUUGACCAGACCUUUAUAUUAUUCUACACCAGUUUCCGUGCGGUAGGAAUAGCCCCUUCAUGACCUUGCUGCUGGGCAACCUGAUCUGAGGAUGGCCUUACUUUCUUCACUAUUAGUAACUUUCCCAGGAUAGAAAUUCCUGAGGCUUCCAAGAACUCUCCCACUAUUUUAUUAACUCUGAUUUCUGGUUUCUUGUUACUUAAGUUAAAAUUUAUAUUCAAAUUUGUCCUGUUCCGUAACACACAUCAAAAAGCCCUGUACGCAGGGUUCAGGAAGAGAUCAUGGCAUGAGUCUGCCCGCUCCGAAUUCACCAGCGCCUCGUCCAGCUAUGGGAUGGGGAGUCGGGGGGGGGGGGUUGCUGGAUUUCUGUCUUCCUCCUGAGCUUUCUUCUGCUGCCUCAUGUCUUCGCCUGACCCCUCUCUGAGAACACCACACCCCCUCCGCCACCCCCAACCUGCUCACCGUGUCCCUAAACCCAGAGGGCAGUCAGCUAGGGUUCUGCCUGGGAGGCCCCCAAUUUGGGUAGUUGAGAAGGUAUUUGUGGAACUCUUAAAGCAUCACCCCAACAGAAAUACUUCUUCUAAGUUUUCUAAAAAUGGCAGUGAUGUAGCCAUCCCAGAAAUGGGUUUCCCCCAAAGUCCAGCCCAUCAUCCCGUGGCCCUUUCCUUUGUGACUCUGCCCAGAGAGUCACACUCUGCUCUGAAGGCCUCGAGUCUAACCCUGGACCUUCAUUCGAUCCAGAAGCCCUUCCCGGCAGGGGGACAAACCCCGCCCGCUCCCAGGCCUUCUCCCCGGGAAGAGUCCAGCUGCAGCCCCAGAUGCACAGGCGGGCUGCCCCAGGCAGCCAGCUUGCCCGUGAGUUCCCUCCUCGGAAACCGGUGUGUGGGUGUUCAGUUCCGUGUCUGGUGACUAUGGACAGACAGUGACUUUCCUGUGAUCUGUGGUAGCUGUGAGGCAGCUCCGGAAUGUGACGAGCUGUUUGCUUUGAACCGUGAAGAAAACUGUGUUUUGAGUUUAGCUGAGAUUUAAAAAAAAAAAAAGGAAAAAAAAGUUCAUCACGUGACUGUUAAUGUAAACCUGGUUAUUAAAAUAACUAUAAAAUCACA